AUGGCCCUGGCCUGUGCCCGCUCCCCUGGGCUGUGUCACGCUGGGGGGCUGCUGCUCGCCACUCCCCCAGCUCCGGCACAGCAGCGCCUGCAGCUCCGCGCCCCUCCGGGCCUGCCUGGGGCAGCUGGCGAGCGCCAGUGUGGCACGGCCCUUUGCUCUCCCGCGGCCCAUGCCCCUCCGCCCCAGAGAUGCUAUGUGGCUGCCGGUGGGCAGGACGGGGAGGUGCAGAAGGCUCAGCGGGCAGCCGAGGCCAGUGAGGAGCCAGGCCAGCGGCCCCCGACCAUCUUCAGCAAGAUCAUCGACCGCACCAUCCGGGCCGACAUCCUCUAUGAAGAUGACAAGUGCCUCGCCUUCCGGGAUGUGGCCCCGCAGGCCCCCGUGCAUUUCCUGGUGAUCCCCAAGCACCCCAUCCCCAGGCUGAGCCGCGUGGCCGCGGGGGACGCAGAGCUCCUGGGGCACCUGCUGGUGGUGGCCAGUCAGACGGCGAAGGUGGAGGGGCUGGUGGAUGGCUACCGAGUGGUGAUCAACGACGGGAAGCGGGGGUCUCAGUCUGUCUACCACCUGCACUUGCACGUGCUGGGCGGGCGUCAGAUGGGCUGGCCCCCAGGCUGAGCUGCAGCUGGAGCGACGGGAGCAGCGCCAGCCCCGCUGGGCAAACCAACUCCUCA